AUGCACAGGCCUCCAUCGCUGGCGGGGAGUCCGGCCUUCUCCAACAUCUCCCUCAUCCGGAUCUCGCCCCAGCGGAACCCGUCGGUGGGGGCGGAGUCUCCCUUCCACCCUCCGCACCCCUACAUCCACCCGUACAUGGACUACAUCCGCUCUCUGCACUCCAGCCCCUCCAUCAACAUGCUGUCCAGGGGCCUCACUCCGGCAGAUGCUCCUCACUCGGGCCUGACCACCGCAGAGUACUACCACCAGAUGGCGCUGUUGGCGGGACACCGUAGCCCCUACACCGCCGACCUCCUGCCCUCUGUGGCCUCUACAGCUGGGGCCGCGGGAGCCAGCGCCCUGCACAUGGAGUACCUACAGGCCAUGGAGAACUCCCGGUUCCCCAGUCCGCGGCUGCCAUCACGGCCCAGCAGGAAGCGGCCUCUGCCCAUCUCGCCUCUCUCCGAGCACAGCUUCGACCUCCAGACCAUGAUCCGGAACUCUCCCAACUCCCUGGUGACCAUGCUCAACCACUCCCGCUCCAGCUCCUCCACCAGCGGCUCCUACGGCCACCUCUCCGCCGGGGCCAUCAGCCCGGCCCUGAGCUUCGCCUACCCUCCCACCCCCGUGGCUCUGCACGUGCACCAGCAGCUGAUGAGCCGACAGCCGGGUCUGGUGGGCUCUGCCUUCGGCCACAGUCCCCCUCUGAUCCACCCCACGCCCGCCUUCGCCACACAGAGACCUGUCCCCGGCAUGCCCCCCCCGGGUCUCAGCGCCAGCGAGAGGUCUGCCCUGUCCAACGACUCUGCUCAGACCAAACCCACCUCAGAGUCGGCCGUGAGCAGCACCGGAGACCCCAUGCACCACAAACGCUCCAAGCUCAAACCAGAGGAUCCUCUGCCCAGUCCAGGGGCCCUCAGUGUGCAGGACCAUCCUGACGGCAUGACGCUGGUGAAGGAGGAAGGAGACAAGGACGAGAGCAAACAGGAGCCAGAGGUGGUCUAUGAAACCAACUGCCACUGGGAGAACUGCUGCCGGGAGUUUGACACACAGGACCAGCUCGUGCAGGAUAAGUACAGUAUUUGGACCACAGUGGCUCGCAUUGGGGGUUGGGGGCCCGAGAACGCUGAUGAUGGUGGUGGGGGUUCCACAUAA